UAAUCUUUUAGAUAAAGCAUCCCACAGAAAUUACAAAAUCCUUGCUUUAGAAAGUGUUUCAAAACAGCACAAAAAACAGCCCCUUCCAGCACACACCUUUUCAAAAUGGACGGAGAAAGAUUUCCAGAUGGGUUUCGGUCUUUCCAAGGGAAAACUCUUAUUCAAAGGCCAUUAUGCCCAACCUACGUACUGCUGGGUGUCUCUUACUUUCUGGUUGUCAUUGGCUUAGCAGUGGCUCUUUCAAAAGUAGCAGCAGUUUCAUCAGAACUCAGGAAGGUUAAAGAUGAUCUUGCAAAGGAUCCCUUUGGCAAUGACUUCCACCUUUUUCCAUGUGGCGCCAACACCAGGCAAUGGGAAUAUUUCUCUGGGAAAUGCUACUACUUUUCCCUACAGGCAGUUCCCUGGCAUCAAGCAAAAGCGGAUUGUGAAAGGCAACAGUCUCAAUUGGUCAUCGUUGAUAGCCUAGCAAAACAGAAUUUCCUAGAGACUCGAACCAGGAAUGAGCGGUUUUGGAUCGGACUCCAUGACCUACACACAGAAGGAGUGUGGAAAUGGCUGGAUGGCAGUAAUUAUAUCACAGGUUUCAAGAACUGGAAGACAGGGGAACCCAACACUUAUUUAAACCGCGAUGAAGACUGUGGUCAACUUUGGAUCAACGGGGAAUGGAAUGAUUUCACCUGCAAUUCCAAUAGCUACUAUGUCUGCGAGAAGACUUUGCCAACCAAGUCUACAUCUGCUCCCAAGAGGGCUUGAGUACCUGCCACCCUCUUUGCAGAAGCACCUAAAAAUAAUAGGCCUUAGACCUACCCAAGAGUUACUGCUAAAUGCAGGAGAUACAAAGCAAGCAGAUGUUUCUCAUGUGUUUUCAUCAUGUUUGUUAAUAAGAAAAUUCAGAUUUUUGUUCAGAAAUAACCAAAAAUAAAACAUUAUGUUUUGCCAUUA